AUGGUAGGAAUUCUCUCACAGGGCUUUAUAAGGAUUAACCAAGAUAAUGCAUGCAAACAUCUUACUACAGUGCCUGAAACACAGUCAGGUCUCAAUGGAUACCAGACCUAUUGGGUUCAGGAGGUCUCUGCCACCAACGUGCUCUGCCACAUCUUAGGUCAGGCCAAGAAGCAUCCGAGCUUGGUCCCCUUCUUUGUGUUUAUUGGAGCUGGAGGUGGUGGAGCAGCCCUGUAUCUCUUACCUCUGGCAUUGUUCAAUACAGAUGUUUGUUGGGACAAAAAGAAUAACCCAGAGCCCUGGAACAAAGUGGGUCCCAACGAUCAAUCCAAGUCCUCCUCAGUGAAUGUGGAUUACAGCAAAGUGAAGAAAGAACAUCCAGAUUUCUAA